UGCGUGUGAUCUUAAGAUGAAGUUCUCCCUGUUGGCGCUGUUUGCGCUCGUGUGUGCCGUUGCGGCCACCGACGAUAUUGACUGGUCAAAGGUUCGCCCCAUGUCUCGUAUGCCCCAGUACCUGGCCCGUCUGCCGAAGGAUAUUCUGAAGCAGUACCUGACGGAGGUGCGCAGCAUGCCGUCCAGCGUCCGUGCCAACUCGCGCAUUGUCAACGGUUACAUUGCCCAGCCCGGCCAGUUCCCGUACCAGGUCGCCAUUCUCAGCAACUUUGCCACUGGUACUGGUCUGUGCGGUGGUUCCGUGCUGUCCGUCAACUACGUGCUGACGGCUGCUCACUGUGUGGAUGUUGCUACCGGUGGUCUCGUCAUCUACGGUGCUCAGGACCGUACCAAUGCCAACGAACCGAGCCAGGUGCGCAUUGCGUUCGAGCAGAGCGGAAUUCGCCUUCACCCGAACUGGAACCCAUCGCUAAUCCGUUACGAUAUUGCUACCGUGCGCGUUGUGUCGCCAGUUACGUUGAGCGAUCGCAUCCAGCCCGUUACACUGCCACGUCUGAGCGAUAUUGGCAAUGAUUUCGCCGGUCUGAUCGGUACUGUGUCCGGAUUCGGCCGCUUCUCCGACUCGAUCCAGGAGGCUUCGACUGUGCUGCGCUACGUCAACAACCCCAUCCAGACGAACCUUGCCUGCUCGGUGCGCUUCCCGGGUGUGGUUCAGCCGGAGAACAUCUGUCUGUCGGGUGAUUCGGGCCGUGGUGCCUGCCAGGGUGAUUCUGGCGGUCCGCUGACCAUUGUGCGCGACGGAACCACCGUUCAGCUCGGUGUCGUGUCGUUCGGAUUGGCUCUCGGAUGCGAACUUAACUGGCCAUCCGUGUUUGCCCGCACCACCUCCUUCCUUACCUGGAUCCAGGAGAACUCCGACGUUACCCUGCUGCCAUAA